AUGAGGCCCCAAAUUCUGAAAAUGAAGGAAAUUGCCUUGACUUAUCUUGACAGGAGUGGUGGUCUUCAGAAAUUUAUGGAUGACUGCAAAUUAUACAAUGACUCAAAGCAAAGCUAUGCUGUUUUUCGGUUUCUUAUAUCUGUAAAUCCAUCUGAUAUUACUGAGUUAGAUGCUACUCUUGGAAACUAUAUUCUGCAUGAACCUGUGAAGGCCACUCAGAUUUUUCAGUCUGUGUGUUUUACAGCUGUUAAAACGUUGUCACUAAUUCAACAACUGCAGACCGAAGCUCAGAUGAACAUAGUCUUGAAACUGACACAUUUACCUUCCCUGCCCAGUUAUGUUCUCAGUCUUUGCAAAUUUCCAUUUGAUUACACUUCUCAGAGAUUUUAUAUGUCAGAGGGCAUAGUGGUUGCAAUGACUACUGUAACAAAAUAUACACAAGGAGCAAGAUUUGUUUGUUCUGAAGAAACAUGUCAAUUUUCUGAAGGGUUUCAGUAUAUAAGAGUACAUACUCCUGGAGCUACAGAAUCUGCAACACUGAGAAAUGAUUUUGUAUGCAGUUUAUGUACUGUACCACUGCAAGAAAAUAUGAAAUAUCGAGUACUUGGCGAUAAACAAAUGAUUGAAAUGAUUGAUGCUAAAGCAAUUUGUGCUUUUCAAGGAUUUUCUAGCAGUAAAACAAAUUUCAGAUUUCAAUCUUUUACAGUGAUCCUAAGAGAUGAACUUUCCAAUAAAAUGAAAAUAGGGAACAGAUACAAAGUUAUAGGAAUUCCAGUCUGUAUGCAAAGCUGCUCUCAAGCCACAGUUUGCUUGGAAGCAAACAGUGUACACCUCUCUAAUCUCACUGGCCCUGCCUGUAUCAGUGAAAAUUUUAAGUAUCUGCUUUCUUUGACUUCAAAUUCGUAUUGGAGAUUUACAGCUGUUCUGGCCAAUAGUUUUGCUUCACAAGUUCUUCCACCAGGCAUUUACAACACUCUCAAACUUGGCAUAUUAUUGAGUCUAGUACAGACAACUGACAGAGAUGACACAACAACAGGUUACCUGGAUCUUUUGGCAAUGACAAACGAUUCUCUAAUAUUAGAGCGACUUAUGAAUUACAGCAUUUAUCUUAUUCCCCGGGGCAUACGACACAUUCCAUCUGGUGAAGUUUUUCCUACAGUAUCCAAAGAUAAACAUGGAACUGGAACUGCUAGCAUUCAGGGUAAUAGUGCUUUGUUGGCCAAAGGUGGAAUAUGCUUCAUUGGAAAACUGUCUUCAUAUAAAAAGGAUAAACUUGAACAGCUGCAGUCAGUGCUAGAGGGCAGAACUACCACUGUAUUCAUCACUGGAAAGAAAUAUGGAGAAGAUACUGAUCAACAAGUUACUUUCCCAAUUCAAACCAGUUUUUGGUCAUUUAUUGAUGUGGAUUCUUCUUCCAAAAAGCAUAUUCAACCGGAAAAUACUCUAAUUGGCCAGAUGGACAUAAACUUGAUUUCAGCUAACCUUCUAGCUGCUUUUGGACUUUUGAUACAUUGCAAUGAGCCAUCACUUUGCAAUCCAGUUCUACCUGUUGUGAAUUUCACUCUUAAAAAAGCUAUUAAUCCAAAAGAGGCAGUUUAUGCUGUUUCCCAAAAGUUCACAACACAAGAUUAUGAGGAGUUCCUUGCUGUCUCUAGGAAUUUACAUGUGGAACUCUGUACAGAAGCAGAAAGACUGAUUCAUGGCUACUACCUAGCAAGUCGCAGAGUCAGAACACAUCCUGUUCAUGGAUCUAGUCUCUCAGCAACUGCACUGAAGACCUUGAUUUCAUUGUCUGAAGCACAUGCUAAGCUGAGUUUAAGGACAAAAGUACUCAAAGAAGAUGUUCUGAUUGCUGUAUUAUUGUUUGAAUCAUCUCUCACUUUAAAACAUGGUGCUUCUGUAUUUUGGUUGGCACCAAAUGCUGUUUUUCCAUUUGAACUCAACAGCGAGAAGUCUCUAAAUCAAAGGGAUGUUUACUUGAUGCAGUGCCAUCAACAGCUGCUGCAAUUCAUUGCUACAUAUGGGCCUGCAACGCAUAUUCUUAGUAGUGAAGAUUAAUAUCUCUUCAGAAAAA